AUGGUCCGCACGAGGCCUCUUCCUGGUGGUUAUUGGGCAUCGGAACUUUCAAAAGCGAUCCUCAACGGCACUGUGCCGAUUGAUCGAUUGAAUGACAUGGUGACUCGAAUCGUGGCAACCUGGUAUAAGUUUGGCCAAAAUCUCGACUACCCACUUCCUAAUCUCUCCACAAAUACUCGAAAUAAGACUGGACCUAUAUAUCCUGGUGCAGAUCACAACGUUAUUGCUCGUGCUGUGGGAAGUGGUACCUCUAAUCUGCCCUAUCUGAUCACUCCUCAAGAUACGAUUAAAAACAAGGCAUCUAAUGUCAAGUUCUUUAUCACCGACGCCUUUCCGGAGCUCGAUACUGCGAGCCCGUGUGAAGUGGCUAUGGUCUUGAUUAAUGCCGACUCAGGAGAAAACUAUAUCACCGUCCAAGGGAACCCAGGUGACAGGACACCCGCUGGUCUCCAGGCUUGGCACAACGGGGAUAUGCUCGUCCAAGCUGCGGCAGACCACUUCUCGAACAUCAUUGUUGUCCACACUGUCGGACCGAUCCUCUUGGAUGAAUGGAUAGACCUACCAUCGGUUAAGGGUGUGCUAUUUGCCUAUCUCCCUGGCCAAGAAGCUGGCAACUCGCUUAUAGAUGUACUAUUUGGCGACUACAGCCCCAGCGGUCACCUACCAUACACGAUCCCACGCUCCGAAUCAGACUAUCCGUCAACCCUCGGUCUUUGA